CCUGAAGGCAGCAUCGCCCCGAUUCAGUCCUGCACGCGGCCAUGAACAGUUUAAGCUCUCUUCUGAGGCUGUGAAUCACUCGCACGUUAUCCAUUUUCUUGAUUUAGACUCGUUCGGAAGGUGUGUGACGCGGCGGUGGGUUUUGCACGAGCGCUUCCAAGUCAAGUUUGUGAAACGAUGCCGAUGAAGUUGGAAAGUAAUGAGCGAGGAUGCUGAAACUGACGGCAAGCCCGCUUCGUUCAGAGGAGCGCAAGGCUUUUGUGCCGCUGUCAUCCCGUGUCUCAUCCCUUGCUGCUUUGUCUACGCUUGGCCUGCUGAUCGGCACCGGCAGUGUGGUGUGUCAGUGUUGGACUGCGAGGAGCAGCAUCAGCAGAGGUGGGCCGAGACCAUGAGUCUGUACGGGGCUGCAGCCCCCAGUGACGCCAGCGGCGGGGUGAGGGGAGGAAGUGAAUACUACUGGGAGCAGCAGCGACGGCGCUCCAGUGACCGUUCUCGUGAUUCGUCACACGAGAGAGGAGAGAGCCAGCUGACGCCCUGCAUCCGGAAUGUAACGUCGCCCACUCGGCAGCAUGACCGAGAACGUGGUGACGGCGGCUCCUCCUCCAGAUCCUCCAGUCCACGUCCCCCCCGGGUUUCGCUUCCCUGUUCAAACGUAGGGGGAGCUCUGUUUGCGGGACACCCGCCUCGGUCCUUUGGUACUGCUCUUGGUGACCACCACCCCAAGACCCUUGGCAAAGGACCAUGUGAUAUGAUCUAUGUGUAUGACCUCAGCAGUAAAGAGUUCCAGCGUGGCGGAAGUCUGCGAGUCGGAGAGCGAGUGACUCUUAUUGUGGACAAUACAAGAUUUGUGGUGGAUCCGGCCAUCUUCACCGCUCAACCCAACACCAUGCUCGGCAGGAUGUUUGGUUCAGGGCGGGACAACAAUUUCACCCGACCCAACGAAAAAGGAGAAUUUGAGGUAGCGGAUGGUAUCAGCUCCACUGUCUUUCGAGCAAUUUUGGAUUACUACAAAUCGGGGAUAAUCCGCUGCCCCGACGGCAUUUCCAUCCCUGAGCUGAGGGAGGCAUGCGACUACCUGUGUAUCUCCUUCAACUACAGCACCAUCAAGUGCAGAGACCUCAGUGCCCUGAUGCAUGAGCUGUCAAACGACGGGGCCAGGCGUCAGUUUGAGUGUUACCUGGAGGAGAUGGUGCUGCCGCUGAUGGUGGCCAGCGCACAGAGCGGCGAGAGAGAGUGCCACGUUGUGGUGCUGACCGAUGACGACGUGGUGGACUGGGAUGAAGAGUACCCUCCGCAGAUGGGAGAGGAGUACUCUCAGAUUAUCUACAGCACCAAACUAUACCGCUUCUUCAAAUACAUUGAAAACCGCGACGUGGCCAAGUCGGUGUUGAAGGACAGAGGACUGAAGAAGAUCCGACUGGGAAUAGAAGGCUAUCCUACUUAUAAGGAAAAGGUCAAGCGGCGGCCCGGAGGUCGUCCAGAGGUCAUCUACAACUACGUCCAGCGUCCUUUCAUCCGCAUGUCGUGGGAAAAGGAAGAAGGGAAAAGCCGCCACGUGGACUUUCAGUGCGUCAAGUCCAAGUCCAUCACCAACCUGGCCGCUGCAGCCGCCGACAUCCCUCAAGAUCAGCUCGUGGUCAUGCACCCCCCGGCACCGCAGGUGGACGAACUGGACGCACCCCCGCAGCCAGCCGCGCACGAUAACCAACCGCCACCAUCGGUUCGGGGCGGGGCCUCUCAGCGGGUUCAGGACAACCAGAACCUGCCCGCUUUCGCCGUUGCGCCCGGCAACCUGCCGCACGCUCAGGCGGCGGCUUACCGCUGCGAGUCGGACCCUGACCCGCCCUCGCCUUCUGCAUGACACCCGGCCGCACACUACACAACUAGUUACGGUGGCUUUUAGGCUGGAUUUGCAUCACGGGUGUCCUCGCUUUGGAGGUUACCAACACUCGUUCGAUAUCCUUUGCUGAAUUUCCUUAGCGGUGAGGAGAACGAUUGUACUCGUAACAAGAACCUCGGGAUGGAUAUCAAAUUCUGUCAUUGACCGGCCUGAAGUGCAAAUCUAGCCCAAGUCACGUCACCCUUUCGAGGCUUUCGGACAACACUUUGGAGCACAGUGCCACAGCGAAGCACAAACUGGCCUCUUCUCCCCACUUGUGGCAAAACACCACUUUGCCUUGUUGCACCUCGCCUACAGCUUUUUAUCUGGUGGACGGGCAAACAGCACAUGAACCGGGCUGCUCGCCCAACUUUGUUAUGACGUUUUCGUUUUAUUCAUCAGACCAAAGCCAAGUGUCUCGUCAAUACGAGACAGUACACGGACAGGCCACAACUUGAUGAGCACGUGGCUCAAAAAAAGGAUGUCUCGAAAAUAUCAUCGCGCUCAGUUUGAUGGGCAGCCUUGAGAGGUAUUCAUUUGCAUUAGUUUGCGGUGGCGUACAACUCCUCAUACGGAGACAGAAUAUUGAACACAGCUCAUCAUGAUGCAGACCGUUUUGACACCACGAAAUAAUGCACGGUUGAAACCGCGCAUUAUUUAUUCCCAUUGUAAAGAAAGAAUAUUUGGCACCGUUUUUAUUUAUUUUUUUAAUUUGGUAUUGUAUAAAUCAUCUAAAUCAGGGGGCUACUCCGUGUAUACAGUAUUAGUUGUGGAAAGUUCAAUGCCUCUUCGUAGUCAUCAGCGUGAGAGAGUCACUAAAAAAAGGGUGGUUUGAUUUAAAGUCAUAUUGAAGGGGUCCGCUAGAUGUCAUGUUUUACAUCUUAUGUGUUUAUGAAUUGCAAUGGCACUGCACCAACCAGUCUUUCUAUUCUCGUGAGCAACUUCCAAGCAAAUAUUGUCAUCGCAGGUUCUCUUCAUACGAAAGGUAAGGAUCUCUCUCUUGACUGACAUGACUAUAUUGCACAUAUUGAUCACUGCUACAAGCACAUGCUGAUGUCAAUGAUGAAAUUGAACGCAAUGUUUUUUUGUUUUUUAAAUGUAAUAAUAAAAAAGAAAAACAACACACAA